AACACCCCACUCUUCCACUACUCUUGUUUCGCAUCCGUUGUUGCUGUACAUCUCUAAAUUUUUUUAAAGAAAACCGCAAAUCCGCCGAAAAAACAGUCGCCGUUGUGUGAAAAUCAUAUCAUUGAACGCAAUCGAAAUGAGUUCGGAAAGUGAGAGUGUUUCUCCUUCUCUAAACAGCAUCGAGAAGUGUUCCCUGGUGCUGGUGGACGUUGCCGGCACAACGACUUCCAUCAGCUUCGUUAAGGAUACACUGUUCCCGUUUGUUACUAACAACGCUGAGAAAUUCCUUACUAGUAAAUGGGAUGAAGAACCCAUUAAAGAUUGCGUUAAGCUUAUUAAGGAGGAAGGGGCUGAUUUAGACUUGGCUUCCGCUAUUGAAAAAGUUAAAACUUUGACUGAACAAGACAGUGGCAACAAGGGGCUCAAGACUUUGCAGGGAUUGAUGUACAAAGAAGGCUAUGAAAAAGGGGAUCUUAAAGCACACAUUUUCGAUGACGUCCCCGAAGCCUUCGAGUCCUGGGCCAAAACCCGCCGUGUUGCCAUCUUCUCCACAGGAAGCGUCGACUCCCAGAAGCUCCUCUUCACGCACACCACCCAAGGAGACAUGUCCGCGCACAUCCACAAAUAUUUUGACCAAGCCGUUGGUUCCAAGACUGAAGCCGAAAGUUACAAGUCUGUCGCUAAAGAGGUUGAAGUUGCACCUGAAGAGAUUGUUUUUAUUACAGAUGAUAUUAAAGAAGCCACAGCUGCUAAGACUGGGGGCAUUACCGCUGUCUUGAUCAAAAGAGAGGGAAAUGCAGACUUACCAGAAGAUGCGGCCAAGGAGUUUAUGGUGAUUAGUUCCUUUAAAGAAUUAGGGUUAGAGAAGGCGGCGAAGAGGAAGAUCGAAGAGGACGCGGCGGCUGAGGAGGCUCCUCCCUCCAAAGUCCCCAAAACCGAAAUUCCCCAAGAAAAAGAGCCCCAAAAGACUGAAGAAAAAGUAGAAGAAGAGAAAACGGAGUCGAUGGAGGUCGAUCCACCCGCUGAGAAAGAAUCUGAAGAACCUAAAGAGACUGAAAAAGCAACUGAAAGUGAGGCCAAGCCACAAGAGACUGAAAAAGUGAAAGAAGCCGAACCGGAAAAGACUGAAAACGAGACAAAAGUGGAAGUCGGCGACACCGAAAUGAAAGAAAUAACUGAAGACAGCAAAAUGGAGACUGCCGCAGAACCCGAAGCGGAGAAAGUUGAAGAGAAACCUGACGUAACAGAAGCAAAAGAAAAUAAGGACGAGAAACAAGUCGCAGAGACGUCAGGGCCUCCAACAGAAAUACCGAAAGCGCAGGAGACGCCUACAAAAAAGGACGUCACUGAAAAGGAACCUGAAAAAAUGCAAACCGAGGAGAAGGCAAAAGUCGAAGAAACGAAAGUAGAAGAAGCGGCGAUGGAGGAAAAAACUGACAAAGUUGAGGAAACUCCAGCCGAACAAGCCGUACAAAAGACAGAACCUGCCGAGGAAACACCGAAAACGGACGUAGUAGAAGACACGCCGAAAACCGAAGCAGCGGAAGAAACAAAGAAAGAAGAAACACAAAAAGAAACAGUAGCUGAAACACAAAAAACAGAAACGGAAGAAACGCAAAAAACAGACAAAGUAGAAGAAACACAAAAAACUGAAGCAGUAGAAGAAUCACAAAAAACUGAGCCAGUGGAGGAAACCCAAAAACCAGCAGCAGUGGAAACUACAAAAGAAGAAACGGCAACGGAGAAACCCGAAGCGAACAAAACACCGGCCGAAGAAACAAAAGUAGUUGAAGAAUCUGCAACAGGAGAUUCGGAAACGAAAGAGGAGACAUCGACGUCCGAAGAAAAGCCCGUCGAGAACGGCGAGGAGAAAUCGUCGACAGAAACUCCGACCAAGAGCGAAGAAAAAGAAAAUAAAAGUGUGUUAGCGAAUGGGGUGGAGAACGGUAAGGAAGAAACUGUUGAAAAUAACGCUGCUCAGAGUUCUCAUGUACAGAUCGAUGAGGACAAAAGCGACGAAACCGAAGUCAAAGUAAAAAAACUAGAAGAAAGUUCUGAAAGUAAAACUGUAAGUGUGGAGGUCUAAAUGGAAUUUUUAUUUGUUCCAUAUUUAUACAAGCUAAAUGUAAUGUACUAUUGUAGUGUUCAAUUUUCUUUCCUUCUCUUUUAUUUAUUAUCGUUUCUUGAUAUCACAUCUGAACAAUGUAUUUGUGUGAUUCUAUUUCUGAUUUCGAUUUUCCAAAGUGCCAAAAUUUUUAUCUAACUCAAGACUGGUCCCAAAGACUGUUUUUAUAUCUCACUUUUGUGAUACUCGUUUGUUUUUGAAGACUUUGAACAGUAUUAAAUUCACAUCACUCAUUCUUUUUAAUGUGGAAAUUGUGUUUUGUCCCCUUUUUAAUUAGUUAUGUAGGGCUUUUUUUAUUACAUUCCUAUUCGUGUAUUGGUGCAUUUAAUUUUUUUAAUUAAUGUAAGCGUUCUACUUAAGUUUGUAUAAUACUCGCUUCCAGUGUUUUGAUUUUGUUCCUUUCGAUCCUAUGGCUCAUAAAAUUGUGAUAUUAACGAAAUUAAAUUUUGGGAUACUACGUCCGUUCUAUAUUUCCUUCCGGUGAGUGUUCUUAGUUAAGCAAUAGUGAUGGUGUACAGGCCUAACAUGUAUGGCUACAGUUUCAUUGUAUACGUUGUUUAGCACCCCAAUAAAAUUUUUGUAGUGUUCUAGAA